GCGCUUCGUGGCGCACAUCCAGCAACUGGACAUGGAGAGCAAUGGCAAGCGUGUGCAGAUGGAUGGCGCUGAAUGCACGGUGCCCACAGGUGCCAUCUACUUCGGCGAACCCGGUACGAACGGCCAGCACAGCUUCUACCAGCUGAUGCACCAAGGACGCGCAAUUCCGGCCGACUUUAUCGGCUUCAAAGUGUCGCAGAACCCCAUCAGCUUGGAUGGCGAGCCGGUGUCCAACCACGAUGAGCUUAUGUCCAACUUCUUCGCGCAGCCCGACGCUCUCGCGCUGGGGAAGACCGCAGAGGAGCUAAAGGCCGACGGCAUUCCCGAGAAGCUGAUUCCGCAUAAGGUCUUCACGGGAGAUCGCCCCUCGAACUCCUUGCUGCUGCCCGUGUGCGAUCCGUACAACUUGGGACUGCUCUUGGCCCUCUAUGAGCAUCGCACGGCCGUGCAGGGCUGGGUCUGGAAUAUCAACUCCUUCGAUCAGUGGGGUGUGGAGCUGGGCAAGGUUCUAGGAGUCAAGGUCCGGAAGUACCUCUCGGAAGCGCGGAAAGGUAGCGGAGAUGCCUCAGGCUUCCAGAAGCCCACCGCGAAGCUGAUGUCGGCCAUGCUCACGGCCCCUCAAGCGGGUGGCGACGACAGGAUUGUUAUGAUCCGCGCCCGUGAGAUCUACGACUCCAGAGGGAACCCCACCGUCGAGGUCGAUCUCGUCACCGAGACCUCACUGUUCCGUGCAGCGGUGCCCUCCGGUGCGUCGACGGGGAUCUACGAGGCCCUCGAGCUCCGGGAUGGCGACAAGACGCGGCUCCUGGGGAAGGGUGUCCUUAAAGCCGUGGCGAACAUCAAUGACAUCAUUGCUCCGAAGCUGAUAGGCAUGAAGGUCACGGAGCAGGCCACUCUGGACAAACUGAUGGUCGAGCAGCUGGAUGGCUCCAAGAACGAGUGGGGUUGGUCCAAGUCGAAGCUGGGCGCCAACGCCAUCUUGGCCGUUUCCAUGGCCAUAUGCCGGGCUGGUGCUGCAGCGAUGCAGGUGCCUCUUUAUCAGUACAUCGCGAUGCUGGCAGGGAAGCCGACAGAUCGCUUUGUGAUGCCUGUACCCUCCUUCAACGUGAUCAACGGCGGCAGUCAUGCUGGAAAUCGGCUAGCUUGCCAGGAGUUCAUGAUCCUCCCCACUGGUGCCAGCUCCUUUAAGAAUGCAAUGGAGAUUGGGGCAGAAGUCUACCACACCCUGAAGAGUGUGAUCAAGAAGAAGUACGGCCAGGAUGCAUGCAACGUGGGUGACGAGGGCGGAUUCGCGCCCAACGUGCAAGACAACAAUGAAGCCCUCAAUGUACUCAUGGAGGCAAUAGAGAAGUCCGGCCAUGCCGGGAAAGUGAAGAUCGGAACGGACGUUGCUGCUUCCGAGUUUUGGAGGUCAGAGGAGAAGAAGUACGACCUGGACUUCAAAAACGAAUCUGGCGGUGCACCGGAGAUGAAGAAGACUGCUGAGGAGAUGAUCGAGUACUACAAGGCAUGGUUCUCGUCCUACCCCUUCGUGUCGAUCGAG